GCACCGCAAAUGAACAAUAACAGAGGAAGAAGAAGCCUGUAGUCAAGACAAUGCUCCAUUUCUUUAAUAUUAACGCCCGGACAGUUUCUGUUUCGAACUUUUUUCAGCUAACUCUGCGACACACUUGAAAUUCGAUCAACAUCUACAAUUUUGUUAUCGGAAGUUAGAAAUGGCUAUAGCCCACGCUGCUACAGAGUAUGUUUUUACAGAUUUCCUACUCAAGGAGCCAACGUCAGAGGCGAAGUAUAAAGGUAUAAGACUGGACCUGGCUUUGGAUAAGAUGGUCACUUGUAUUGCGGUCGGGCUGCCUUUAUUGCUCAUCUCCCUCGCCUUCGCCCAGGAGGUAUCUGUCGGCACUCAGAUCAGCUGUUUCUCCCCCACUAACUUCUCCUGGCGGCAGGCUGCCUAUGUGGACUCCUAUUGCUGGGCAGCUGUGCAAAGACAGGACACCGGAGGGCUACCACUCUCACUCCAUAAGUUUUUCCCAUAUAUCCUUUUAUUUGUAGCGGUGCUGGUGUAUGUUCCAGCAUUGUUUUGGCGUUUUACAGCUGCUCCGGUUCUUUCUUCUGAUUUGACCUUCAUCAUGGAAGAGCUGGACCGCUCCUACAACAGGGCCAUCAAAUUAGCCAAGUGCCUGCACAGCAGUCCCACACACCUUGACGCUCAAAGCUCUAUGCCAGACCUGACGGAGAACUGUUUUAAGUACCCUCUUGUGGAGCAGUAUCUGAAGACGAAGCGUUUUUCCCAUGGCCUGCUGGUCCGCUACUUACUUUGCCGAGCAGUCACCUUCUUGGUACUGGUGCUGGCCUGCGUCUACCUCUGCUACUACAUCCGGCUGUCUGUAACAGACGAGUUCCACUGUAACAUCCGCACCGGUGUGCUGAUCAAUGACUCAUCCGUGCCCAGCGCUCUGCAGUGCAAACUGAUAGCUGUGGGAGUGUUCCAACUUCUCAGCUACAUCAACCUGUGUGUGUACCUGCUGCUGGCACCUGCAUGCAUUUAUGCUACACUGGUUCCCAUGAGGAGCUCAGCUGAUUUCUUGAAACCCUAUGAAAUGCUGCCCACUCUUGGGGUGAUAAAGCUUGGAGCAAGAGCCUGGAAUGAUCUAGCCAUGUACUUGCUGUUUCUGGAGGAGAACCUGAGUGAGCUGAAAAGUUAUAAAUGCCUGAAGGUAUUGGAGCUCGUGAAGGAUUGUGAAGAUGAACAUGCUCCUGAUACAAUGCUCCUCCUGCAGUCACUAGGCCAAGUUAAAAUGGACGUACUGGAUGGCAGAUUGAAGACGAUUUCACAUGCUUCAGACACCAACAAGACCAGAAACCAGGACGGAGAGAGAAACUGCCUGGAGAUGAAGGGCCUACCUGGCACUAUUUUUGGUAUCGCCUCUCUCGAGCUUCCAAGCGAGCUGAGCUGAUACCAAAAGGUGAAAUGGAAAAACUGCAGACUGCUCAUUGAAGUCUCCCCUCUCCUGCCUAAGGAUGGCAUCAAGAAGUCUGAGGAUGAAAAGGUACUGCGCCAGAGAGUUAUCUAAUGUGUUUAUGUUUACUUAGAUGUAAGUGGUGUAGAUGGAACUGUACAGACUGGAAGACAAUGGACUGAGAUAUACUCCCCAAAUGUUGCCUACUAGGUAUUCCUUCUGCACUGCAUGUUUGGAUGUAUGAGGAUUUUUAUGAGCAUUGAUAAAGCAUUUAUGUGCAUUGAAGUGCAAUGUGCUUACAAAUUUUAUUUAUAUGAGCUGCUGUUUUUUACCACUUGAACUGUCAUUAAAACACAGAAGUUCGGGAA